UACAUUGUCUGUCAGAGCAGGCUUUUAGGAAGAGGAUCCAUGUUUGUCUUCUCUUCGGAGCAGUUCCGCCAGUUGCUGGGGGUGACUUCUGACUGGAGGACCAAAAGACUUCUAGACCUGGGAGCUGGAGAUGGUGGAGUUACUCAGAUCAUGAGCCCCCACUUCGAGGAGAUCUACACCACGGAAGUGUCUGCCACCAUGAGGUGGCAGCUUCAGAAAAAACAGUACAAGGUGUUGGAAAUUGACGAAUGGCAGAAGGCUGGCUUCAAGUACGAUGUGAUCAGCUGUCUGAACCUCCUUGAUCGAUGUGAACAGCCCAUCACUCUGUUGAAUGACAUCCGCAGAGCUCUGGAGCCCACCAGAGGCAGGGUGAUUUUAGCUACAGUACUGCCCUUUCAUGCCUCUGUGGAAGAAGGUAUGUAAUGGGCACAAUAAGUCCCAAAUGCACACCCACGUCAUGGUGCUGUCUUUUACUA